GAAAUUUAACUAUAUACUCAAGUCUGGAGGGGAGAGUCACGUGUAGUAUGGCAACGAAUUCAGGUGCCCUCGAACCGGACCCCGUCCGAUAAGCAAACGCCAAGUGAAAGUCACUUUCACACGUCUUUGGAUUCCCCCGCUGUACUUGGGUUGCAGUAGCCAUCGGGCAGCGACCAUGUCAAGUGGCUAUCCACAACGAUGCCAUCUUUAACUCGUUUGAUAUUGUUAGUAUUUACUACGGUGGCUUUUGCCAUCGCAGUAGUCAAUGCAACAUUGACUCCCAGAGCUCCUAACUUCCAAUACUUCGAAAGACCCAAGUAUAGAUAUCCGUACUACGAUGAAAACGGACGCGGUCGUCUUCUAUACGGUUAUGGAGGACCGGAAUUAUAUCAAUAUAAAUCCUAUACUCCUCUGGAAGGAAUUCACUGAACACUUCACAUCACAUGACUGUCAACAGUAAAAAAACAAUUCUGACCCGCUGUAUGCGCAAUUCCUUCCAUACCGUUCAGAGGUGGUUUUUCUUGUCUUUCAAUUUCAUAUUCCGUUCUGUCGUUUGGUUAUUGUUCUUGAAAUUUUUUUUUUUUUGCACACAUUUUAUUUUUAAUUAGGUGUUAAAAAAAAUCUUAUUUUACAAAAAUAUCAUUUAAAUAUAAUAAUAAUAAGACAAUUUGCUUAUAAAUAAUAAUUAUAGUUUAAUGAUAUGAUAUAUAAUAAGAAAAAUCCUCCGGUGCUGAGGCUCGUUGGUGGUUCGAAUGUUACCAAAAACCCGCGGCAGACACGUUUGCAUUUUUUUACGAGUUUCGAUAAUUUUAAGUCUUGCCGUUUUACGUUAAUUAAAAUAUUGUACAAAGUCACGUAUUUGCGGUGAACCAGAAACUUGUAAACGAAUAGCUCAAUAGAAAAAAAUAACGGUCUGCCUCUUGGUUAUUUAAUAUCUUAAGUAGAAUCGUAUAAUAUUAUAUUUUAAAUUUUAAGAAUGUACUUACUGAUAAACUAUUAAAAAUAACAAAUUAAUGAUUUUUGUUAUGUUUUUUUUAAUUUUAUUAUUACUAUUACUAUAAAUGUGUUGUUUUCUUCUAUUAUCCGCGUAUAAUAAACAAAAUAAGUAAACUAUAACUUACAUAUCUUUAUUGUAAUUAUACAUCUAUUGUUAGUAAACAGUAUUUUUUUUUUAAUAAAAAUUUUACUGUAUAAAUAAUUAUUAGCUUAAGAUUGGUAUGAUAAUUAUAAAAUACCAUAUAUUUAAAUAGGUAAUGUGUAGGGGCUUAAAUAAAAACAAGUAUUAAGCUUAAAAUUUAAUGUGUAAUGUACUCAAAGAACGGUUUAUGAAACUGAAAUUCCGCCAAAACCUCACUUUCACGGUUAUCUACACGUGUAUAAAGAUAUCUAUAUAUUAUUUUGUUAAUAUUUUGUUAAAUAUAUGGAGAAAUUUUCAAUUGUUAAA